UAAUGAUGAAUAACGAACCGAAUGGGGAUCAGGAGGAUGAAGCGGAGGUGCCACCACCGACAUCCGCAAUUUCGGGCCAGAUCAAGGCCAUUGCCAAGGACACAGUGCACAAGAUCUGCUCCGGCCAGGUGGUUCUCAGCUUGGCAGUGGCCGUCAAGGAGCUGGUGGAGAACUCCAUUGAUGCGGGUGCCACGCUGGUGGAGAUCAAGCUGAAGGAUCAGGGCCUGCAGGGCGUGGAGGUCAGCGAUAACGGCAGUGGCGUGGAGGAAGUGAAUCUGGAGGGCAUGACGGCCAAGUAUCACACUUCGAAGAUCCGGGAAUUCGUGGAUCUCCUGGGCGUGGAAACCUUUGGAUUUCGUGGAGAAGCCCUGAGUUCCCUUUGUGCCUUGUCCGAUAUGGUGAUCCAAACGCGGCACAAGUCCACCGAAGUGGGCAUCAAAGUGGAACUGGACCACGAGGGCAGGAUCAAGAAGCGUUCUCCUUGCGCCCGCGGCAUUGGCACCACCGUCAGCCUGGCCAAUCUCUUUGCCACUCUGCCCGUUCGUCGACGGGACUUCACGCGGAAUAUUAAGAAAGAGUUCACCAAGAUGUGCCAGAUCCUGCAGGCCUACUGCCUGGUCACCAAGGGUGUGCGCAUCCUCUGCAGCAAUCAGACACCCAAAGGAGCUAAAACGGUGGUGCUUCAAACACACGGCAACCAGGAGGUCAUGGCCAAUAUAUCGGCCAUAUUCGGAGCACGCCAGGCGGCGGAUCUGGUGCCCCUGAAGUCGCCCUUCGAGCAGGGUCAUCUAAGCGAGGCGACCCUCCGGGCAGAUCUCGAAUCUUCCGCAGAUGCAGCCGAUACGACUUGCACGCAAUUCAGUGCCGAGGAUGUGGAGCGUCUCAAUCAAGCGGACUUCCAACUGGAGGGCUUCAUUUCCAGCUGUCGUCAUGGCGCAGGACGCUCCAGCAGAGAUCGUCAGUACUUUUUCGUCAACUCAAGACCCUGUGAUCCCAAGAAUAUAGCCAAGGUAAUGAACGAGGUGUACCAUCGCUAUAAUGUCCAGCAGCAGCCCUUCAUCUAUUUGAACAUAAUCACGGCCCGCUCCGAUGUGGAUGUGAAUCUCACGCCCGACAAGCGCCAAUUGCUGAUCAACAACGAGCGGAUUCUCCUGCUGGCGCUGAAGAAGUCCCUGCUGGACACCUUUGGUCAAACGCCAGCUACUUUUCAAAUGCAAAACACCACCAUUGUGAGCAUGCUGGAGCCUAAAAUAAAGCAGGAUAAAACUGAAUCCCCUCAAGAGCUUGGCAAGGAGGAAAAGUGUGAAGAAACGGUUGAUGAAGAUGUUCCUAUUAGCUCAUCGCAGAGAUUCAUGGAUGUGCUCACCCAGUGGCGACGCACUGGCGACACAAAAGGUACGGCGCCACCAGUUCCCAUUAAACGGCGAUGCAGUGAAACCGAGGAGUUAGCCACGCGAUCCUUGAAAAUGCAAAAGAUUCAUACAUUUCUCAGCCAAGAGUCGCCGAAGGAGCAGAGCUCGAAAUGCGAGUCGGAAACUGAAGAAGCGAGUGAUGUGGAAAAGCCAAAGGAGAACAAGGAGCAGGGCAAUCUGGAUGAUAGUUUCCUGAACCUUAAAGAAAUGGCUAAGGAGUCCGAAGCCUAUGAUCUUCUGACGCAACCUGCCAGAGUUCCUCGCAUAGAUUGCAAGGUACUGACGCCGAUUAAAAGUCGACGUAGCAUUGCCGAGUUCAAGAAAGACACAAAUUCACUGACCAAACAAGACACCCCGGCAAAAACCAAUCCAAAACCUCCCAGCUCUCCUCAGUUAUCCCAAGAAACCGACAUAGUCAGCGACGAUGACGACCACAUUGAGCUGCCCACACGCAUUGAGUUUGAUGAAGGGGUCGAGGAGGGACCGCCUGCCAAUUUCUCAAGCGGAGAAUUGACCACCUCGCUGGAGGAGAUUGCUGCAUCCUUAAAGGCCCAAGAGGCUCUGCAGCGGGAUCGAAAAGCACGUGCCAAACUACAACGUCUACGUUUUAAGACCGAAAUUAAUCCCAACCAGAACAACAAUGCGGAGGCCGAAUUGCAGCGGGAAAUAGGCAAGGAGGACUUUGCCCGCAUGGACAUCAUAGGACAGUUUAAUCUGGGCUUUAUCAUAGUCAAACUGGAGGAUGAUCUCUUCAUUGUGGACCAGCAUGCCACCGAUGAGAAGUACAACUUUGAGACACUGCAGCGCACCACUCAGUUGGAGUAUCAGCGCUUGACGGUGCCCCAAAAUCUGGAACUGACUGCGGUAAACGAGAUGGUGCUCAUGGACCACCUUCCGGUCUUUGAGAAGAACGGGUUUAAGUUUGAGAUAAAUCACGAGGCUCCUGCCACGAAAAAGGUGCGUUUGUUGGGCAAGCCUCAUAGCAAACGCUGGGAAUUCGGUAAGGAGGACAUAGACGAGCUCAUCUUCAUGCUGCAAGAUGCGCCCGAGGGCACCAUUUGUCGUCCGUCCAGGGUGCGUGCCAUGUUCGCAUCUCGAGCCUGCCGGAAAUCCGUGAUGAUUGGCACUGCUCUCAACAGAAACACAACGAUGAGGAGACUCAUCACCCAAAUGGGGGAAAUUGAACAGCCUUGGAACUGUCCACAUGGACGACCCACCAUGCGUCACCUCAUAAAUAUCACAAUGCUCACGGACAACGACGAUGAUGAGGAGGAAGUUGCUUCGGCUCAACAAAAGCCGGAAUAG